ACCGCACGCCGGCAGUCAGGGCGUGAAACAGGCUCGCCUUAUCUUCUCCCAUCGCGAUGGUUUUCCCGCAGCUAUAACCGCCCUUUCUUGCAGAGCUCUGUGGUGGCAAGAUUGGACCUCUAACCCGGUGGAUGCGGUGGGUGGGGUAUGGCUUUUUAAAAGAACCGGAGUAUCAGCCAAGAGCAGACAUUUGAAUUUUUAUGUUCAAUGUUUUCACACGCGAGACAUCGCAAUGCUUUUCUGAAUUGUGGAUUUCAAGGGAGAAGUUCCCAAGAGCUGUGAUUCCCAGGCUGUCUCGGGGUUGCACCCAGUUCCUGACACACACACCCCCACGCGUGGGUCUGCUUUUUCACAAGAAGGAGAGUUUGGUGGAGAUUUAUCCAGCAGAAGUAACAGGAUUUGUGGCCCUUCGUAACGACAAGAAGAAGGGAGGCAAAUUCCAGCCUUUUAAGAAGUUGUUUGGCAAAAAGAAAAAGAAGAGCACCCUGUUGUCCGGGGAGGAGGAAUCGGCCGGGAGGCAGAGUCGCGCUCCCCAGAGCGCCAGCAAUGGGACCUUCUCUUCGGAUGAGGAAACCCUGGAGAGCAAUCUGAGGUCCUUCAACUAUUCUGUGGGAGCACGGGCCUUCUCCCAUGACAGUAUUUUUAUCCCUGAUGGGGGAGCAGAAAAUGAGCAGACAGUUCAAGCAAUGUCACAGGACAGCAUCCUGGGCAAAGUCAAAACUCUUCAGCGACAGUUGGGCAAGAAUAUCAAGUUUGGGCAGCGGCCAUCUAACGGCAUUCCCAUGAAGAAGGCAGGCAGUGCAGAGGCCAGCUCAGAGGAGGACUUCUUCCCGACCAGUCCCAUGGAAAUUGUGACGCAGCAGGAUAUUGUCCUUUCAGACACAGAGAACAAAUCCAGUGAUACGCCAAGCUCCUCCAGUCCUCUGAAUCUACCUGAAGCUGGAAGUGAGAUGGAAGAGAAGGUUGUUCCAGUCAAACCCUCCCGGCCGAAGCGGCACUUCCCUUCGGCGGGCACCAUUGAAAGCGUCAACCUCGACGCCAUCCCCCUGGCCAUCGCGCGCCUGGACAACAGUGCCGCCAAGCACAAACUCUCGGUGAAGCCGAAAAACCAGCGGGUGUCGAGGAAGCACAGGUGGCUUGCCCAGGAUCGUCAGAAUGAGCCAGGCAGCUUUGAGAGUCAGUCUUCCCUGGACCAGAACGGGCAGCCAGGAGAAGACAAGCACAUCUGGCACGAAGAGGAGCCAGAGCCUCUGGAUUCCCACGGAGACAAAAGACUCCAGGAAGAGUAUUGGCGGGAACUUGAAGCCAAGUGCAAACGGCAAAAAGCCGAAGCCGCGGAGAAGAGGCGCCUGGAAGAGCAGAGGCGGCAGGCGCUGGAGAGGCGGCUUUGGGAGGAGAGCCUCAGGCAGGAGCUGCUGGAGGAGGAGGAGGAGGAAGGCGAGGAGGCCGACCUGCAGCUAGAGGCAGGGAAGGCUCGACCCGGGGAAGGGCGGCGGUCCGCCCCGGAGGAGCAGGGUUGUGCAGAGCAAGAGCUGGAGGAAGCCGACGACCCCGGGCGCCUGGAGGCGGAAGAGCGCAGGCGUGAGCAGGAAGAGGUCCAGAGGCAGGAGGAGGAAGAGAGGCAGGCGGAGAAACUGAGGCAGCGCGAGGCCGAGCUGCAGGAGGAGGAACUGCGGCAGCGUGAGGCCGAGAGGCAGGCGGAGAAACUGAGGCAGCGGGAAGCUCAGAGGCAGGAAGAGGAACAGAGGCAGGAAGAGGAGCUGAGGCAGCUCGAGGCCCAGAGGCAGGAGGAGCAACUGAGGCAGCUCGAGGCCCAGAGGCAGGAGGAGAAACUGAAGCAGCUCGAGGCCCAGAGGCAGGAGGAGAAACUGAGGCAGCGCGAAGCCGAGAGGCUGGAGGAAGAACUGAGGCAGCGCGAGGCCGAGAGGCAGGAGGAGAAACUGAGGCAGCUGGAGGCCGAGAGGCAGCGUGCUCAGGAGGAGGAAGCCAGGAGGAUGCUGCAGGAGCCGAGGCGGGAGGAGGAGGAGGAGGAGGCCAGACGCAUAGAAGAGCUGAAAGGGCGGGAAAUGGACGAGGGCCCACAGAGCCCGGAAGGAGAGAGCCAGCCUGGGCUAGCGGACGAGGCUGAUCAGCAAAGCCCACUGCAGCAGCGGGACCUCGAGAAGCCAGAGGAACAAGAAACCCCGGAACCCGCGGGGCAGAAAGAGAUGGCCCGGGAGCAGACGGAAGAGGCCAAGGUGGCCAGCGAGCCGGCAGCAGGGCAGAGAGGAGACCCGGACACGGAGUCCGGUGGUGUAGACGGGGAAGGGAGAGAAGCCACCCAGACAGACAUCCCCCUGCCGCAAGAGGGGCAGAUGGGCGGAACCCCGGCCUCGGAGGACAAGAACGAAGCCGUCGCUGCAGAUAACGACCGGAAGGUGGAGGAACUCCGCUGGCAGGAGGUGGACGAGCGGCAGACCAUGCCCCGGCCCUACACGUUCCAGGUGUCCUCCGGGGGUAGGCAGAUCCUCUUCCCCAAAGUCAACCUGAGCCCGGUGACACCCGCCAGGGACGCGGCGAGCCUGGCCCCAGUGGCCCAGGAGCCGCCGGGGGCCCGCGGUGGCGCCCCGCCGCCGCACGCCCUGCCCUCGGCGCUGAGCAUCCCCCACACGGCCAUCCUGGUCACCGGAGCGCAGCUCUGCGGCCCGGCCGUCAACCUGAGCCAGAUCAAGGACACCGCCUGCAAGUCCCUCCUGGGCCUGUCGGAAGAAAAGCGCCCCCCGGUGGUGGACGUCCCCGCGGUGGAGCCCAGGGCCGGGGGCGGCAAAGCCAGGCCUCCCCCGGAGGCGCCGAGCAACGGCGGCGCGCUAGCCGAGUGGGCUUCCAUUCGAUCCAGGAUCCUGAAGAACGCGGAGGGUGACCAGCGUGGUGACAGAGAGCCGGCCAGAGCCGCCGGGGACGAGCCCGCUCCCCGAGCUCGGAGCGAUUCCCGAGGGAACGUGCGCAGGACGCCGCCCGGCAACGCCAAGUUCUCCAUCAUGUCGGCCUGGCAGAAGUUCUCCGACGGCGGGGCAGAGACCUCCAAACAGAGCUCGGACGGUGAAAGCAUUAGGAAAAAGCCGGGGCCAGCCCCGGGCGACGAGACUGCACCCCAGCAGCCUCCGCCUGCAGCGGCUCCCGAGCCUCGGAAGAGCCUGGAGAAGCCAGAGGGGAGCCAGGAGCCCCCAGACACCACCGACGGAUGCAAAUUUGCCAAAGACCUUCCAUCCUUCCUGGUCCCGGGCCUGCCUUCUCCGCAGAAAGCUGCUUCCCGCACCGAGUCCACGACCACUUCGGACAGCGAGACCACGAGUGACGUAGGAAAGCCAGAGCCUGUGAUGCCGGGAGGUGAGGAGAAGGCCUCGCCCUUUGGAAUAAAACUGAGAAGGACCAACUACUCCUUGCGCUUCCACUGUGACCAACAGGCCGAACAGAAGAAGAAAAAGAGGCACAGCAGCACGGGAGACGCUGUGGAUGGCGGCACCCCCGCAGCCGGGAGCGACCCUGGAGAGAAAGAGCCUGAAGCGGUGACCCUCAAGCAUGGCGCCUCCCUUCCCCAGGAGAAAAAGCCAGCCCUAGCCCCUCGGAGGGACUCCGCCGAAAGCCCUUCUGUGGGUCGCUCGGUUGCUGUAGCCCAGUCGGGGCUACCGGCAGCCAGUAGCCAGACCCCAGCUCCAGAGCAGGACAAGGCAGCAAGCCGAACGCCACCAAUGCAGAAGCCGGCCCUGGCUCCCAAGCCCGCCAGCCAGACCCCACCGUCGUCCCCACUUUCGAAACUGAGCAGACCCCACUUGGUAGAGCUGCUUGCUAGGCGGGCUGGGAAGGUGGAUUCCGAGCCGAGUGAGGCUUGCAAGGAGAGCAGAGCGAGCCAGGAGAGCAGUGAUAGCCAGCCACCCUCACCAUCACUGCCAGAGGAGCCGAAGGGGCCGAAGAGGGAUGAGGAAGAGGUGCCAGAAAAGAAACCCGCUUCCCCGCCUCGGUCAGCCAGCCAGCAAGAGAGACCUUCCCUAACUCCUGAAACAGGUAGAAAAGAGAAACCUGUGCUUCAGAGCAGGCACUCUCUAGACGGCUCCAAAUUAGCAGAGAAAGUUGAAACUGCUCAGCCGCUGUGGAUAACGUUGGCGCUGCAGAAGCAAAAGGGGUUUCGUGAGCAGCAGGUAACCCGAGAGGAGAGGAAGCAGGCCCGGGAGGCCAAACAGGCCGAGAAGCUCUCCAAAGACACUGCCAGUGUCAGCCCACAGCCUGGAAGCAGCCGAGUAAGCAGAGCUGGUUCCCUGCACAAGUCCGCCACUCCGUCAGAAGAGAAAAAGCCCGAAACGGCGGUGUCCAGGCUCCAGCGCAGAGAACAGCUGAAAAAAGCCAACACUCUUCCCACAUCCGUGACAGUGGAGAUCUCAGACUCGGCGCCCCCAGCCCCGCUGGUAAAAGAGGUCACCAAGAGAUUCUCCACCCCAGACGCUGCCCCUGCAUCUACAGAACCUGCCUGGCUGGCUUUGGCCAAAAGAAAAGCAAAGGCCUGGAGCGACUGCCCGCAAAUCAUUAAGUAAACAGUGACUCCUCCCCAGUUCCGAGGCCAGCCGUUGGCUCUUCUCUUGCCCUUUUUAUUUAUUUAUUUUUUAUAUGAGGUACAGAAACCAAGCUAGGGAAAAGAAGCAUGUUUUAUAGGCUCUAAAAUAAUGUUCAGACACUGCACUGGUGGUGGUCAUUGUAAAGAGUGUGUAUUUGCACAACCCUGGGUCCUGGUGCCUUGAGCUCACCCUAGUUCUCAAGAGACAGUUUUGUCUGAGGGACCACAUGAAGCAAAAUCUGCAAAUGAGAGCUCAGGAGAGCCUGCCAUGCCCAUCCAUGGCCUUCUCACACAUAUGCACCCCCAUGCACCAUUUUAGAACAUAUCCUUUUGCCAAUCUUUGUAAAUUGUUUUUUGGUUCUCUACUCUUCUAUCCCAAACGUUUAUCCUGCCGUGUUUGCAUAUGUAACAGUGACAUAUGUUCACCUGUACAUAAAACAUGGUGUUACUCUCCUGAAGGCAGUAACUGGAAAAUAAGGAAACGCUGGCUUCCAACUCUGUGCCUAUGUCUGGUUUUCGUGAAUUUUUCCCCACCCUAAAACCACAACAUAGCAAAUCCAUUCAUACUCACACUCCAUGGUAUGCCCUGUCAUACCAGUACCCUUUUAAAGACACAGGGACCAUUUGGCCUAGCUGGCUCCUAAGGAACACUUGUAUUUAAUUUGGUGAAGAAAAGGAAAUUCUAUGCCAGGGUUGUCCCUGAGAAUCUCCAUGUAGUAUGGGGGCUCUUCAGCAGCCCAGGCAUUCUGAUAGAAUCUAAACGUUAAGAACCUUGUGGUAGGACAACUCUGGUGUAAUCUAGCUUUUCACACUGGGAAGAGAAGGCUUGUCCACGAGAAGAUGCAAACGUGAGACAAGAAAAUAAAACCAUCACCCCAAACAGCCAUCUCUGUAAGAUAGUUUAGGUUGCUGGCAGUCCACGCCUCUGGAAUUUCCCCUUGGCCUUUAGGGAAAAUGAACAAGCCAAGAUGUGUUGUAACCUAUUUGUUCUAAGGACUUCCUUUAUUGUACUUGAAUACUUCAGAGUCGAAUGUUCCAAAGCAUUUAAAAUUUAGAGCAUUCACCUUGAUACCUUUAAAAAAAAAAAAAAAAAAAGCAUCUCAGAGUUUUACGUGGCCUUGUUAUCAUACACAUGUGCAUACAAAAAAGGGACUUGGCAGUUUCAAAGCCACAUGUACUUAGGUUGGAUUCUCUAGAUUCGCUUUACAUGACACUAGACAUACCAGCAAAUGCCUCCAUACUGCUGGCACUCACUUCGUAUUUCAUGGUGUUGGCAUAUUUUCCUUUCACAGGGGCGGCUUCUUUGCCCAGUGCAGGGGGAAUUGCGCCCCUUUUUUUCUCCCACACUGACACAUUUGAUAGCAGACGCCACUCCUUUUCCUCUGUGCUUACUCAAUAUGCAAUGUGCUGUCGUUCUGUCUACGCUGCGGGAUGACAGGGAUGCUGUUUACCACAUAGAAACCAUUUUCUCUCUAGAAACAGUGGCUCAGCCUCAGAAGCAGCUGGCAUGUGUGGUCAAGUGGAAGGCUGUACUGUUGCAAGUUGGAUUUAGUGUUGUAGAUACUGGACCUUCCGACUGUUAAGAAUCAAUGGAACUUUCCUUGUUGUCGUUACUACUACUGUAAGCAACGAAUACCCCACUGCACGUUUCCCACACUGGUGUUCAUUUCUAAAUUUUAUGUGUAGACAGUUGUUAGUUCAAUGAUUUCCUCACUGAUAUAAUAACACUUUUGAAAGGGAAUCUUCUACCCAAAGCCCUAGAAUUAUAGUGCCACAGUGAUUUUUCCAAACCAACUUCUUCCACCCUCUCAGCUUUGGCCAGCACACAGUCCUGGCAGUGAACAGGUACAGAAAUAAGACGGCUAAGAAAGAACAGAGCUGGGCAUGGUGGUGCACACACCUUCUACCCUAGCAUUUGGGAGACAGAGGCAGGUGGAUCUCUGUGUGUUCAAGGCCGGCCUGGUCUACAUAAUGAGUUCCAGGCCAGCCAAGGCUACAUAGUGGAGACCCUGUCUCAGAACAAGCAAAUUAAAGAACGCCUAGUAGAUGCGUCGAUACGGACUCGAUACCAUGAGCCCACACACAGUACACGACACAGCUUAGUUAAAGAGCCCCACCACUUUCUUUAAAGGAGAGUCUACUGAGGAAAGGGCCGCCAUCGUUCUUGCUAACAAGUGCAUCUUUUACAUUUCAUGUACAAGUCACCCAGACCUGCACUAAAUACCAAUGAAGUGUUACUCUGCUUCAGUUGUUGCACUUUUCUGAGCAACACACUAUGGGGAAGUUCUGUGAAAACAAAAAGUUCGACUUUUUUUUAAAUGAAUGACUGCUAUAUUAAAUAUACAAGCUUUUUUUUUUUUAGUUUAAACACACUUCUUAUGGUAAGGUUAUAGAUGAUUAACCUCUGUUCAUAGACUUAUAUAUGGAAGUAGAGUCUUUUGUUUACUUUAAAAAUGUUUCAAGUGCAAUUGUUUAUUAUCAAACCUGAUUGAUUACCAUUAAAUUCUCGUUUUAGCUGGUUAUCUACAAAUGUAUGGUCUGUAGCCACCGUCCCUUCCUGUGAUGUUUAGUUUGCUUAUUUUAAAGCAGCAACAUUAGCUACAAGUGUCUUGCAAUAUUUUUACCAACAAUAAAACUAAGUAGAUACUUAAUAAAAAA